AUGAUCCUGUCCCCUACAUGCUUCCCUGGCACGGAUCCAUCCCUCACUGAAGCUCAGGGUUCCUUCUUGAAGAAAGCUCCGGCAUCGAAGUUGGAUACUAGUGUGCUGUUGUUCAGUUCAGUUUUGAGCAGUUCUAUUAUCUCUCUUAUCUUCUGCUCUCAGGAGUCUCCCAGAAAGCGGGUCGUGGGGUGUGAUGAGGGCCCUGGGCGUCUUCCAGAGGUCAAAGCCAUCCAGCAGACCAGGAGGCUACUAGCCAACGCCCGAGAGAGGACCCGUGUCCACACCAUCAGUGCUGCGUUUGAGGCCCUAAGAAAGCAGGUGCCAUGCUAUUCCUAUGGGCAGAAGCUAUCCAAGCUGGCGAUUCUACGUAUAGCCUGUAACUACAUCCUGUCUCUAGCUCAGUUGGCUGAGCUGGACUACAGUUCAGACCACAGCAGUUUGAGCUUCUCUCAGUGUGUGGAACAGUGCACCAGGACCCUGCAGGCCGAGGGCAGGAGCAAGAAGAGGAAGGAGUGAAGCUGACAGCAGUGGACAGGUCCAACACAUACCCCUUUGACAAAACUAUAUAGAUGCAGGACACUGGGAGGACGAGAUGAGGAUCCGAUUGAGGAAAUGGACAAACGGACAGGAUGAUUUAUACAUAUGUUGUUAUGAGUUGCUCUCACCACACAUUGCCAGAUUAACUAACAUAUCUGAGAUGAAAAGUUCUGUAUGUCGAGGCCAUGACAGCUAACUGAUUAAAAAGAUUCAGCAUACAGAAUCGUUCAGCAAUAAUCUUCACUCAACUAUGCAUACAGCUACAUAUAUUGCAUUACUGUGCUCCAAUUCUGCAUUUUCCACUGCCACCCUUUCAAUUCCAUGUUUGAGUCUGUAUUUCCUGGCAAACCUCAUUUCUGUGCUGAAAUCAUCAGAGCAUGCAGCUGGUCUGGUGGCAGGUGUGUAAAAAGCUCCAGUUUAAUGAGCAGAAAAUAUUUGAAAUCAAACUGCAGUUCAAGAAGCUCAUUCAUUCAUUGGUUUUUAUAUUAGACGUUUGCUUUAUAGUUUAUAUGCCUGUUACAUUUCAAAAUAUUAUCAAAUUAUGUUUAUUCAAUACAAAUAAAAAGAAAAAGUAAUGCAUCUUUUCAUUAAA